AUGGUGGUGUGCAAGUUCUUCCUCCAGAAUCGCUGCGCGUACGGCAACAACUGCAAGUUCGAGCAUCCGCAGAACGGCGCCGCCGCACGAUCCGGAUUCGGCCAGAGCGCCUUUGCGCCACCCUCGGCGUUUGGAGGCAACUCCAGCACUCCAGCGCGUUCAUCUGCGUUCGGAGGUGGUGGUAGCGCGUUUGGCCAAUCGAGCGCCUUUGGCUCGCCGUCGGCAUUUGGCUCCCAGAACAACAGCGCGUUCGGGUCGACUUCCAAGCCGGGAGGCAGUGCGUUUGGAGCAACGGCUCCGUCGGCAUUUGGAGGCAGUGCGUUCGGUGCACCAGCUGCGGGAGGGUCGACGUUCGGCAGCACCUCGACUCCAUCAGGCUCGGCGUUUGGGGGAGUCAACAAGCCCGUGUCUGCGUUCGGCUCGGCUGCAGCGCCAGCUUCGGCGUUUGGGGCAGCGGCGGCGCCGUCUGCGUUUGGGUCCACAGCUGCACCUUCUGCGUUCGGAUCGACGUCCGGGAGCGCGUCUGCGUUCGGGGCGGCGGCGACACCGUCGGCUUUCGGCUCCACUUCAGGACCGGGUGCGUUUGGCUCGGCGGCCAAACCGUCCGCCUUUGGGAGCACACCGAGCACAUCCGCGUUCGGCUCGACCAAUCCGCCAUCGGCUUUCGGCACCAACACCGCACCCUCUGCAUUUGGCUCAGCAGCACCGCCCUCUGCGUUUGGCUCUACAACACCCUCGGCAUUCGGUUCAGGAGCACCGUCCGCGUUCGGGUCCACGUCAACACCGUCGGCGUUCGGAUCCUCGGCAUUCGGUGCAGCUGCACCGGGGUCGUCGUUUGGAUCCGCGCGACCAUCGGCGUUCGGAGGCGCAACCACCACGCCGCAAGCGUCGGCGGGGCCGGCAGUGUCGGCCUUUGCGGCGCAGAAUGCGGCGACGCCGUUUGCGUCGCGCACGAAUCAGUACGGCGACUCGAACCUGCCCGAGGUCACGCUGACUGCGGCGGGGAUCGCGGAGGACGUGGGUGCGCAGGGCAGGCCGCUGUGGAAGCUCUCUGCGUACGGACCGGCAAGGGGAGAGCCGAAUCUGGUGGUGGGAAAGGACGUGAGUCCGGACGAGUUGAGGGUUAUGGCGUACCAGGCAAGGGCGGGCGGACAGGAUGCGGCGUAUGCCCAGCAUGAACAGAAGCUGUUUGGCGAGGCCGAUGCCGAGUAUAGACAGCUGAGUGCGAAUGCGAGUGCGGCCAUGCAACAGGCCCUGCGAAAUAGGGAAGAGAAGAAGAAGCAACAACAGCAACAGCAGCAGCAAUCACAGCAGCAGCAGCAACCACAGCAGCAGCAGCAGGGUGCGAUGCAGCAAGGAGGUGCGACGGCAUUUGGAGCAGCAGCACCGGCGAGCGGUGGGUUUGGGGCAUCUGCAUUUGGCGCGGCCACACCUGCGCCGGCGACGAGCGCGUUUGGAGCGAGCACCGCCGCGCCUUCUGCUUCUGCAUUUGGGACUUCGACGUUUGGCGCAUCCACAUCUGCACCACCCUCUGCACCUGCCCAACCAGCGGCGACGUCAGCAUUUGGAGCUACAUCUGCACCGGCGGCACCAGCGAGUGCAUUCGGCCAGCAGUCGGGGUCGGCCUUCGGUGCAGGAUCAGCAUUCGGUGGGUCGGCCACAUUCGGCACGGGCAAAGUCGAGGAUCCCUACAAGAGCGACGUUCCCAGUCGCGGCGAUUUGACCGAUACCGUGAUUCAGGCAUUCGAAAGCGCAUCGUUCCAAUGGGGGCUUGUACCGUUCAUUGAGCCGCCUAUCGAUGUACGCUAG